AAACUUGCGGAAAUUCGUUGGAAAUUGAAAGAGACGCCGAUAAGAAUUUAAAUUGUGUGGAAAUGAGGCGGUGUAUAGUGAAUUUUAUUGUAUGAAUGGAAGAUAAAUCAUAAUAAGAACUAAAGUUGUAAUAUUAUUAAUAUAUUUUAUUUAGAAUUGUCAAAAUUGAUCAAAGUCAUUUUAAAUAUUAGAACAGUGGAAUGGCUUCAUAUGGAAGUUUGAUAUUUUAUGGGAAAAAUGGUUUAAGCCAUCCCUACUGUUUAAGCUAUGGAAAAACCACUAUAGGCACUUCUGCUGAUCAUCAUAUCCGAAUUAAAGGAGAUGAUCAACUUUCCUGUAUAUUGGAUACAAAUGAAGUUGGAGUGACAAUACUUGUAAAUGAAAAUGUUGAUAAGGAUAUACUUAUUAACAGUGUACCAGCACAAAAAUACAAUGUCAUUGUGGAUGGGGAUCAUUUGGAAGUAGGAAAGAAAAAAUUUAAAUAUUUAAAUCCCUCUUUGGAUAAAGUGCACCUGGAACAGACUCAAAAAACUCUGGAUAAAAGAUUGAAAACCCAGAAAAACCUCAAAACAAAAUUAGAAACAAAUUUUAAUUCUCCCACUCAAUUAAAAAGGUUGAAGAAUGUUGUUGAAGGCCCUAGCAAACGAAGGUUUUCAACUGGCUCAAAGAUAAACGAAUUAAGGUAUACAAAUACACACACAAGUACUCCACAAAGUGCUUCCAAAAAGCGUGUUUCUCAAAGAAUGCUCAGCAAACAAAAUAGCAUGUUGGCUUCUGUGAAAGAAAAUGAAGUUUUUGAUUUUCAAAGCCCCAUUGUUAAUUGCACCUCCAGUCCUAUACCAAAAAAGAAAACUUCAUUGUUAACCUCUAUAGGAAGAAGAAAUAAAUCAUUUUCGGGGAAGUUUGAGUUCUCAAGUCCAUCAGUACCAGCCAAAAAUAAAACCUAUUCUGGGAACAUUUCCGAUGUUUCAGAAAAUGUCACUACUCCGGAGAAUAAUAUCACUGCCGCUUCCAUAACACCAUUGAAUGUAUCCAAAAAAUCCAAGAGGUCCUUGAAUAGGAGUAGAACCUUGUCUUAUGUGGAUUUCCCUGAUAGAUCUUCAACUCCGAAAUCUGCCAUUAAAUUGAAUAGGUCCAGUUCUUUGUACAGACCUGUUGUUGAGGAUAUCACACCAGCAUCCCCCAUACCAAGCUCGCCUAGAAAUUCUUCAGUUGUGAAACAAGCUUUCACUCAAAGACGAUCAGUUAAUUUUAACCUCUCAAGUUCAACAGAUAACAGUUUUCCUCAAAAUUCUGAUGAUGCGGAAGAGGAAAUAUCUCUGAAAAGAGUCAAGAGAAAGAGGGAUGAGAGCACUUCGGAGCUUGUAGAGAGUACUAAGAAAAUGAAGAACACGUCAGAACAACCUGAAAUUGAGGAUAUAGAAGACCAGAAUUCCCUCCACAAUUCGAGUUUAUCUGGAAUAAACCAUUUAUCCGACUCGUCCUUCAACUCCAAUAAGAACAAUUCUGCCAGAUCUUCCAGUAGGUUGAAAAAGAAACUUUCUCUUCAAGAAGGCUUUGAGAACCGAUCAAUGAUUUCUUGGAAUGUUGAGAUGUCGAGUACAGACAUGAGCUCCACUCAGGAUCUAGAACCUGUAGUAACACGUCUUUCAGCCUCCACCUUAUCGAGUUCUCAAAAAUCCAUUAAAAACCAAGAAACAACAAAAAUAAAUUCCAAGAUCAGGUCAAAGAGUUUCAACUUGGAUAGACAAACCAACAAGUCCGCAAAAUUCCUUUCUAAAACUUUAGAUGGAAAUUUAAUGUUUUAUUCUGAAGACCCUUCCGUGUUUGACAAAUCUUUAGAAAGCUCCAUGGACGAUUUGGAGGCAGUCAAAAUUUCGUCAACACCCUUAGUUCGAACUAGAGGCAGAAUUUCCAAUAUGAGCAUCAGAUCAUCUGGAACUACUUCUAAUAACACUACACGUAUGUCUCUCAACGUUUCUCCAAUCACGCCAAAGGAUUCUAAACCGAAAGGAUCGGAGGAAGAAAUAUCUGUAGCAGAUUCAUUUGUGAAUUCAUCGGGCGAUUCAACUAACCUACUUUUUGGCUCCAAGUUAAAUGCUUCGUUACCUGAAUGUAACGAUUCCACAAAUAAGUUUUUCCAAUCGAUGAACGAUGAUGAUUCAGUUGAAGAUUCAGUAACACUUGAAAAGUCAAAACUGAAAAGUUACUUGGGAGGUAAUAAUGAAGAUUCCCUUGGCAAUUCUGAAAGGAGUUUGAGAAGUUUAUCUUGUUGGUCUAAAAAUGACAAAUCUGAUGUUGCAAUAGCAAAGGAAUUGCUAAAAACUCCCGAACCGAGAAAUUCACUCAACAGAGAUCUUUCUAAUGUCAGCGGUUUGAAAAAGUUGUUGAAAUCUCCCAGAGUGAAUAAAUCUCCAAAAAAUGAUCUAUCCAAUGUGGGGGGUUUGAAGAAAUUGCUGAAGACUCCCAGAGUUUAUAAAUCUCCGAAAAACGACCUUACCAAUGUCAGGGGAUUAAAGAAACUGUUGAACACUCCUAAAAUUCCUAAAUCUCCUAAGAAUGAUCUUACUAACAUUGGAGGAGUUAGGGAGUUACUCAAAACCCCUUAUGUACGAAAAUCUCCUAAAAAUGAUCUUACUGUAGUUAGAGGUGUGAAGAAAUUAAUGACCACACCUAAAAACCAUAAAUCGCCGAAGAACGACCUUAGCAACAUUGUGGGAGUCAAAAAAUUAUUGAAAAGUCCUAUUCUUCAAAAGUCUCCUAAAAAUGAUCUGACCGAUAUAAGGGGGGUGAAAAAGUUAAUGUCCACUCCUAAAGUUCAGAAAUCACCAGAGAAUGACCUUAGCAAUGUUGCAGGAGUAAGGGAGUUAUUAAGAAGUCCUAUUGUUCAAAAUUCCCCAAGAAAUGACCUUACUGAUGUGAGAGGUGUAAAAAAAUUAAUGACUAAUCGUAUGGUUAUGAAGUCCCCAAAAAAUGAUUUGACUCAAGUUGCUGGCGUGAAAAAAUUAUUGUCAUCACCAAAACAAUGUAGAACACCCAAAAAUGAUCUCACCAACAUCAAAGGAGUGAAGCAAAUGUUCAAAACUCCAAAGGAACAUAAGGAACCUGUAAAUGACCUUUUGGAUGUAAGAGGAGUUAAACAAUUAUUGAGAACUCCAAAGAACAAAGCCGCCAAUGAGAGUCACGACCUAUCAGGAAUUGAUAUUUUAUUCAAUGAGUCUCAGGAAAACAAGUUUGAUAAGCUUCUUGAUAAGAAACCAAUUAGAACAUAUGGCAAGUCGCCGAAAGAGAAAAAAAGCCAAAUCGAAGAAACAAAGACUCCCGAACAUGUACUUAAAUGGCUUGAAGAACAGUCAAGUAUUGAAACUCCAAAAGAAAAAGUAGAAUAUAAAAGGACAAGAGGGAGAAAAAAUGAAGAUGCCACUAAAAAUGAAGCCCAAUCUAGUGCAAAAAAUAGUAGCAGUAACUAUAUGAAUGAAGACAUUCUUGAAAGUAGUACAAAUGUAGAACCAUUUGAAUCCAGUAAAAAAGGAAGGACUAAUAGGAAGAGGGGAGUUGAAGAAGUUGAUACAGAUAUUGCAACUGAAGUUGCACCACAAAAAAGGGGUAAAUACAAUAGGAAGAUAGACCAAGACCAAAGCCAAGAAGAAAGGAAAAUUUCAGAACCAAUGAAAAAGGGACGGAACUGCAAAAAAAAUAAUGACAGUUUAAAGGAACCAAUAAUGAAAAGAAGCACAAGAUCAAAUAAACAGGAAGUGGCUGUUGAACAAAUAGUUCAAUCUAAUUCUGCACUCGAAAAGGCAGAUGAAGAGGAGUCAUCAAUUAGAAGAAACAACCGAAGGGUCAAAAAAGAAGAUCAAUCAAAAACUGCGCAGGCAGAUGAAAAUGAUGAGAAGAAAAUUGAUGAAAAAGAACUUCCAAUCAAGAAAAGUACAAGAAGAACAAAAAAACAGGAUACAAAUACUAAGGAAAAAGAUGACGAAGUACCAACUAAGAGAACCCCUAGAAGAACAAGGAAAGGAAAUACUGAUCUUGAUCAGUCUAAAUCUAAAAAAGCAGAUGAAGAUGAAAAUAAUGAGAAGAAAUCACCAAUCAAGAAAACCACUAGAACAAAAAACCAUGAAGAAACAGAUGAGGAAAAACAGUCGCCAAAGAAAAGAAGCACAAGAAGGACUAGAAAAGAAAAUACUGACCUUGAUCAUUCAAAAACUAAACAAAUAGAGGAUGGCAAAAAUCAAGAGAAGAAUACACCAAUCAAAAAAAUAACAAGAAAAAAAGCACAAGUUUCAAAGCAAAAGGAUGAAACAGAAACUACACAAGAUGAUAAUGAGAAAAAAGUUGUCAAGAAAUCACCAAUAAAAAGAAACACAAGAAAAAGAAAGAUGGAGGAUAAAGAUGCAGAACAGGAGGAUUCAAGAACGACUGAACAAGUUGAGAAAAAUGAAGAAAAUGAUGAGGAGAAGUUACCAAAUAAGAAGGGCACAAAAAGAACAAAAAAAGAAAUAAUAGCUGGUGAGCAGGACGAACAGAAAAGAACUACAAGGAAGAAUAAAGGUAAAAAUCAGAAAUACAAUGAAGAAGAAUGGGACACUCCAGUUAAGAAGAAUGACCAAAAACUGGUUUCAUUUAAGGCUGAAGUUGAUUUUGUACAAACACCCUCUAUCGAUUCUACUCACAGUGGUCGUAGCCUAAGAAGAAGAAAUGUAAAAUGAAAAACAUAUCGGUGUUAUUUUAUGUUUAUUGAAUUUUGAGGAUUUUUUCAAGUGUAUAUAAUAUGUAUAACUAGACGUAUAAUAGAAGUUCAUUUAUGUUUUUA